CAUUUGCAUUAUUAUAUUUUAUUACCCUAUUCAAAGGUGAUUGUGGUAUAACAAAGCAGCAAGCUGUAGUGAUUUGACUAGUGUAAUGACUCUUAUUAUAAGUGGUAGAGGUUAAACCCUCCAAAGAUCUCUAUGCAAAGCAAGAUAUCCUUUCUACAAGGAUGGUCUGUACAACCAAGUUAAUUGAAAAAGCAACCCUCUGGACAAUACUUGUAAUAAAUCAAAAAUUGGGAAGGUUUCUUAAAAAUUGUUUUUGCAUUUUUAAAAUUUCAAAAUCAAAUAUAUAUUGAAAACAGCAAAUUAACAACCUGUCGUAAUUUCCCUUAAUUUAUAAGUAAAACAUCGCAAAAAAUUUCAGGGGUCAAUACUCCUUUUUAUAAAUUAUUGCGCAAUAUUCAGCCUCAUCAUGAAAAAGAGGCAGCCGUUGCUCCAAAUCUUUUAUAUUUUAUUAUCUCUUACGAUACGGGGACAUUGAAAAAUCACGCGCAACGAAUAAUGGAGAAUUAAUUAUCUCAAUAAUAAUUUCCCGUAAUUUUCCGUAUUUUGUGAUGACUAUUUGAUUACCUCCAUAAUUGUAUGCACGUAUUUUAUGAUAAAAAUUGCCAAUUACCAUUUUACGAAUUUUUUUCAAGAGAGAAGACGUACUAUCAAACUUUAUUACUUUUACAACUUAAAACUUCAAUAAAACUGCUAUUUUAAUAGCAACAACUCUCUACACAGACUCAGUAGUUUGUGUAAAAACUCAAGAACAGUUUAAUAUAAUGGAAAACAAUGACGGAGACCAUGAAAUGAUAGUAGAAGACUUCAACGAACUAUUUGAAGAAAAGUCAGUAGCUCAUGAAAGUAUCAUAUUAACAGAAGAUGACAUUAGUGACCCACACAUUCAUAUAGAUUUUGAAAAACUUUCAAAUUACAAAGUCGAACAUUUAAAAAGAUGGCUGGUAUUCCGAGGAGACACACUUCAAGGUAUUACAACUUUGAAAGAAGCUCAAGUUCGUUUUAUGAGCUAUUUCGAAAAUAAAACUGAAGCCAAAAUUGUAGAUCCUACACCUGAUAAAAUCUGGCUACGUAAAAAAGCAGAAAAAAUGGGAGUUAUUUUGAAACCGCUGUGGAAAGAGGGAAUGCUUCCAUCAGUCCCUUUGAAACUCAAAGCUGAUAUGUCAAAACCAACUGAUUUAACAGGUUGGUCGAAAUCCUUGAAAGGAAUGCCAAAUUUUACAGUUGAACAUAUUCAAAAUUAUCAUGAACAUGUCAAUGAAACUUUUUGUAAAAAUUCAACAAAAAUAAAGAAACAUUUUAUACGUGGCGAACAAUUCCUCGAAGAGAAGUUCUUAGAUACUGAUACAAUAUAUGUUAAAGAAGAUGAAACAAUAUUUUGUUUGAAGGGUGUAGCUGCAGCUAGUUUGAAAAAAGCAAAUAGAUGGGUUUUUUUAGCCAUAGAGAAAAAAACCUCCAAUAUUGAGUUUGCGAACUGUCAGUGUCCAGCUGGACGUUGUGGGACAUGUUCUCAUGCAUAUGCUAUGAUGAAACUUUUAGCAAAGUGGGUAGUAGAUGGCCUAUCUAUGGUUCCGGCAACUAAAGCAUGUACUUCAAAGCCCUGCGUGUGGAAUGUUCCGCAGUCCAGAGGUAGAAUAGAAAAGGUUCCUAUCAUGGAAAUGAUGAUCAAGUCUCCUCCAUCGAAAAAAACUAAAAAAAAACUGACAAUGUUCAAGACAAAAAGGGUAUUGUUUCAUCUCUUUACGAACCUCGAAUAGUUAAAAACACUUUAAAAGAUGAUAUCAAUUUUCUCAUAAGACAUAUGGAACAUAAAACACCAACAAAUAUAUGUGCAACCAAAUUACUUAAUCCCAAUCCAGUUCAUCACAGACAGACACAAUUUGGAACUUUACCAUCAGGUUCGUACCUCUCAUGUCAGUGUUCAGUUAUGCCACCUGAUUUUACAGUAUACUAUAGCAUUGACAGAUCAGAUGGAAAAGAGUACCCAUUGUAUCUAAGAUAUCCACAAUUUCCAUUCCAAUCAUUG